GUUAAAGUUAUAUAAAGUUGCCAUGACAACACAGUUCAUAUUAAGACUUAAUAAAAAAGAAAAACAUCAAAUGGGUUUCCUCUAUCUGUAUUUCUGUCUACCUACCGGUUUCAUAUCAUAAUCAUCAGGGCAGACAUAUAAUUUUAUAAUUAUAAUAUAUACCAGACAUUAAAACACAGUAAAUUGUAUAAAUAAUGUUAAUAAAUACCUUUAAUUUUAUUUAAUUGUAAUGAAAAAUAUGAUUUCAUACUCAUCUAACAUGUUAAAGUAUUAUUACUUAUGUUGUUUUUUUUUUUUUUAAUUCAGGAUAAUGAUCUAUGUUCAGAUUUAGUGCCAGUUAUAUACACUUAUAUUAGUAACAGUAUCAAAAAUUGUUAUAAACAUAAAUUCAUACAUUUAAGCCAAAGUAUUUGUGAAAUAACAGGAAAGACAAUAUACGAGCACGAUUUGUUUAGUACAUUAUGUAUAAACUGACUAAAUCGUAGUAAAAGGACGGUAGUUUAACAAUAUUUUCAAUAAUAAAGACCUAGGUAUAAAGCAAGAAAAUUCAAUAGUUUAAAUUAGAUUUGACAUUUUAAAGUGGGUAGAUAUUAUUCUUAGUUUUGAGCGUAUGCCAUAACACGCUUAAUGUGAUUCAGGAAUAAAAUUGACAAUACCUUGAUGAAUGUAUAUACUGGGAGGGUUAGCAUGGAACAUGUCCUGUGUGAAACAUGUGAAUAUACAAAGAGACAAAUAUUCGUAGUAUGCAGGUUAUGUAAUGUGCAAAUGUGCGAGGAAUGUUUUCGACACCAUCGUAAAGGGAGAUUAUGUAAAGAGCAUGAAUUUACAAGAAAAGACGCAAAAAGAGGCUAUCAAGAUAGAAACACAUGUCAGCAACAUAUAGAUGUACCUUUGAACUGGUACUGCUCAACACAUGAUAAAGUCCGCUGUGGCGAAUGUUUGUUCUUUGAUGGCUGCACAAGUUCAUGUCAAAUAGAAAAAAUUCGAGAUAAAGCAGUGACGUUUAAAGAGAGCGGGGAAUUUACGGCGCUUGCUGUAGAGGUCAGCAAAAGAAAAAAGAACACCGAACAAUACAUUAAUAACACAGAGGCCAUGAAAAUAUCUAUCUUGGAAAGGCAUGACAAAUUCAAGAAUGAGGUCGAAGCAUGUGGAGAUAAGUUGGUCAGUCACAUAAAGAAAUUGGUCGAAAGCAUGCUUCAGGAAGGCGAUGAAGCAUUUCAUAAGAGCAAAACAGAAAUAUGUCUGCUAGAGAAAGAAUAUCGCGGCAUAGCCGAAACUAUUUCUAGUAUAAACAACACAAUUCAACCAGAGGGUAAACAUCCAUAUAAGCAUUUUAUUAACUCAGUAACAUCUCGGCAGAAAUUGAAACAUAUCGAUGAACAACUUCUUAAAUUGGAACAAAAGAAAAAUAUAAAGAAUUAUGAAUUUUGCCAACAUCCGAAAGUCGAAACGGCAAUAACGGAUUGCAGAGUAUUAGGCACAGUUAAAGAGCUCACAGUUAUGGGGAAUGAACAAGAGGAAGAAAAAAACAAAACUACUCUGACGAAGAUUGUAAAAGAAUCUCAGGUUCCAAUACCACAGAUAACAUAUUUACUCGAUCCGAAGAAUGACGUUACGACAACGAAGUUUGCAAGUAAAUUCGAAGCUCUUCUGGCAGGUAGGAUCAAAGUUGUUCAUACCUUUUCGUCGGACCAAUGUAAAGGCAACUUACCAAUUGCUCUUUUGUGCAGACCACAGACAGAAAGGGAGUUUGCUGAAAUAGAAAGCAUACUGAAAACAGUACCAGCCAAUAUGCAUGAAAGGGUCGCAGUUAUAUACAUACAUGUUGUCAAUGACAAAGCAAGUUUGCCGAUUGUCCCAACAGCAAAGAAAGUCAGUGAGAUAGAGAAUAUUGGCAUCAUACUAGAUGUUAUGUUUAAAGACAGUAAAAUGCCUACAUCAGCGAUUUAUCCUUGCAAGCACACAGACAAAAGAAGCUCGAUAGAAGCGUUUGUAGAUUUCGUGAAUCUCGUUAUUCAAAGAAAGUAAAUGAUAAUAAAUACGCUAAAUGGAUUAAAAGUAGCUAAAAAUUAUGAAAAUGACGUUAAGAUUUAACAAAAUGUACAAAAAGCAGUGCAAGUUUAGGUUACUGUCCAGUUAGGUCCAGUAAAAUUCAUUUAGAAAUGUUCACUAACCAAGUAAUCACUUUUAACAAACAUAUUACAUAGACACACACACACGCGCGAACACACACGAAGACACACACAUUGCAUGUAAAUUGUAAAACCGUCGUUUGCAUUAUCAAAGUAACAUAAAUAUAUGAAAGUAGUGCAUAACUUCUCCGUUAUUGUAGAUUAUGCAAAUAUGAAUGGCAAAUGUUAUUUAGUACUCAGAGGUUGUAACAACAUUAUCCGUCUGCACGCAUAUUCAGUGUACCAGCACAGAAUAAUUACAAAGUCAUCCGUCAAAUCACCCUGCUCUGUGGCAGCAAACUGAACAGUUGUUUACACAAUAGGACAUCAACAUGACAUUAUUUUCUGGUGUGUUUUGGAAUGCAGGGAUGUUGUAAACUAUCAUUAAAUAUUGACAACAUGUAUGUAGGACUUGUCACAGAUCGUUAUCUACUGUACAGUCUGAUCUUUAUGCACAUAAACAGCGUACAUCAAAACUGAAAAUUAAAAACACAUGGACAUGAUGGACAUGUCAGUAAAAACGAUCUCCAUUUUUUAAACAUCCAGUCAACUUAUACAAAAGGAAAACUGCAAACACUGAAACACCAAACAAAAAGAGGUUUUUUACUUAACAAAUACGAAUAAAUAGAAAGAUUAUGGAAAGCUGCUUGAGCACCAUUCUAACAUGCUAAAUGAUAAAUGCCAUACUCCUGCUCUACUUGUCGGGACAAUUCAUGUAAGCAUUAUUUGUUUUGCCAUGGCAAUAAUUAUUUAUCAUUUGACAAUUAUAUCUCGAUGUGAUAUUUGAGAAUUGACGUUAAGUAUUUCGCAUUUGUCGAUUUUGAGGCCAGUGAGCCGUGUUAAUUCAAAAUGUUAGAUAUUAAAUGCCGAAUAAAAUGCUUACUUGUA